AUGGCAAGCCUCCGAAAAACCCACCCCCUACUAAAAAUUGCAAACAAUGCACUUGUUGAUCUUCCUGCCCCCUCAAAUAUUUCGGUAUGAUGGAACUUUGGUUCCCUUCUGGGCCUUUGUUUAAUCACCCAGAUCCUUACCGGUCUGUUUCUAGCUAUGCACUAUACCGCGGACAUCGCCACGGCCUUUUCGUCUGUCGCCCAUAUCUGCCGGGACGUGAACUACGGCUGACUUAUUCGCAACCUCCAUGCCAACGGAGCAUCCUUUUUCUUUAUCUGCAUUUACCUUCACAUUGGACGGGGCCUAUACUAUGGCUCCUACCUCUAUAAAGAAACUUGAAACAUUGGAGUAGUUCUUCUUCUAUUAGUGAUGAUAACCGCUUUUGUUGGCUAUGUUCUGCCCUGAGGACAAAUGUCCUUCUGAGGCGCAACGGUAAUUACGAACCUCUUGUCUGCAGUGCCUUAUAUUGGUAACACCCUCGUUCAGUGAAUCUGAGGAGGCUUCUCCGUAGACAAUGCCACCCUCACCCGCUUUUUCGCCUUCCAUUUCCUUUUCCCCUUUGUGAUUGCGGGUGCCACUCUCAUUCACCUCCUUUUCCUCCAUGAGACGGGCUCAAAUAAUCCCCUAGGACUAAAUUCGGACGCUGACAAGGUGUCUUUCCACCCCUACUUCUCCUACAAGGACCUUCUGGGCUUUGCCGUACUUCUCAUUGCUCUGACAACCUUAGCUCUCUUUUCCCCGAAUCUCCUGGGCGAUCCUGACAACUUUACCCCAGCAAACCCGCUCGUGACGCCACCCCACAUUAAGCCUGAGUGAUAUUUCCUGUUUGCUUACGCAAUUCUACGUUCCAUCCCUAACAAACUGGGGGGAGUCUUGGCUCUCCUCGCCUCAAUUCUCGUGCUAAUAUUGGUCCCUAUUCUUCACACAUCCAAACAGCGAGGAGUUACUUUCCGGCCCCUCUCCCAACUCCUUUUCUGGACAUUGAUUGCAGACGUUGCCAUCCUCACUUGAAUCGGAGGAAUGCCAGUCGAACAUCCCUUUAUUAUCAUUGGCCAAGUCGCCUCUUUCCUCUACUUCUCCCUAUUUCUUGUUCUCGCCCCACUGGCCGGAUGAGCCGAGAAUAAAGCCCUCGAAUGAGCCU